AUGAGGAGAAAAUUUUCGAAGACAUCGGAUGGAGCACUUGUAGAUAAAGUUACAUUUGAAUGGUUCUGUAGAGCCCGUUCAUAUAAUUUACCUGUUUCUGGACCAUUGCUCCAAGAGAAAGCACGAGAAGUUGCAAAUGAGGUAGGUCUAGAAAAUUUUAAAGCUUCAAAUGGUUGGCUUCAAAAAUUCCGAGAACGUCAUAACAUUUCUUUUAAAAAUAUAUGUGGUGAAGGUAACUCUGUUGAUACAAGUGUCGUAGAAAAGUGGUUAGAAAAAUUGAAAACAUUAAUUUCAGAUUAUGAACCAAAAAAUAUAUUCAAUUGUGAUGAAACAGGUUUAUUUUUUCGAGCACUUCCUGAUAAAACAUUGUGUUUAAAAAACGAAAUUUGUCGUGGAGGUAAAAUAGCUAAAGAUCGAUUAACUGUUUUACUAUGUUGUAAAUGUAUCAACGUUAGGUGUUAA